GAUAGACUUUGCCGUGUAAGGAACUUUCGUCGCCUAGCUAAUGUAAAUAUUACAUUUGUUGAGAAUUUAGAGUUUAUUUUAGCGUAUAUAAGCCCGAAAUUAUCGUUCACGUUCCCCGUGCAAUUCAUUGCUCGGCGUCAUUCCGUAAUAUUUCUCAUCUAGCCGAGAUCGGCAAUAACCAAAAAAUCUCUCCCCUUGUGACAUUCCCGAGGAAAAUCCAGAUUCUAUGGAGAUCGUUUCCGGAUUUCGUGACAUUUACUGUGUAGAGUAGUACAGUGAUUAAUUUUUGUUCACCAGCCAAUUGUUACACCUAUUAACAAGUUAAAAUGAAUAUCCGGUGUCCUUUUCAUCUCUGUCUCCUGUGCAACUUUACUUAAGGGAACAGCGGAAUGUUGCUGCCUAAAUUGUCUUAUUUAUAAGUUAGACUGUGCAAGAAACAGACGUGCAUGAUUGUCUGAAAGAAUAUAUUCAGAUUUAUCUGCACCCCAAGCUCCUGAUAUCUACUUCAAGAGACUUUUAGUGUAAAACAGAAACAUGAGGGUUGUUGCACUAGUCAGUGGUGGUAAAGACUCUUGCUUUAACAUGAUGCAAUGUGUAGCUGCAGGCCAUGAUAUUGUGGCUUUAGCUAAUUUAUAUCCCGUUGGAAAGGAUGAGCUAGAUUCGUUUAUGUUUCAAACUGUUGGAUAUCAGGGUGUUGAGUACAUUGCAGAAGCUAUAGGCUUGCCAAUGUAUCGUGAACCAACAUUUGGUAGAUCAAAAAUGCAAGAGAAAUGUUAUUAUCCAACAGAGAACGAUGAAGUUGAAGAUCUCUUUAGGUUGUUGACUAAAGUGAAGGAAAAAGAAAAUAUAGAAGCUGUUUCAUCGGGGGCUAUUCUGAGUGAUUAUCAACGAAUUCGUGUGGAAAAUGUAUGUAGUCGUUUAGGUCUUGUUUCUUUAUCGUAUUUAUGGAGACGAGAACAGGAUGACUUGUUAAAAGAAAUGAUAGAAAGUUCUGUAAAUGCAGUUUUAAUUAAGGUGGCAGCUUUAGGCCUUGAACCAAGGCAUUUGGGUAAAUCGAUCUCUGAAAUGCAAUCCCAUCUUGCCAAGAUAAAAGAGAAGUAUGGUGUAAACGUAUGUGGAGAAGGAGGAGAAUAUGAAACGUUCACGUUAGAUUGUCCAUUAUUUAGUAAAAGUAUCGUAAUAGAUGAAUAUGAAAGUGUAGUACAUUCGAACGACAACAUAGCACCCGUCGGAUAUUUGAACUUUAAAAAAAUACAUGUACAAGAUAAAAAUGAUGGCAUGGAAAGAUUAACGUUACAAGAGAGAUUAAAGAAUGUUCCUAUUAAAAUCCCAGCUGAUUAUAUCGCAGAGAUCAUUGGUCCAGAAUUGCAGGAUGGUUGUAAUCUAUCGGAAGACGAGAACGAUGAACACGAUUGUAUAGACAGUAAUCUGAAAACGUCGAAUUCUGGCCAGUUCAACCCACCGAGUCCUAUGGAAAUUUUAUACGAGGAAGAAGAUUAUCCUGAUAUACCGGUAGUAAAUAAGAAUCAAACCGGCUGGUUCUGGUUUGGCGGUGUCGCUGGAAAGCAUCCGGAUGCGAAAUCCGCGAUGCGAGAAGCAUUGGAGAUAUUAAGCAGUCUAGUCAAGAAGGAGAAUCUUCAAAUAUCGGACAUCGUCGCCGUAACAUUGUAUAUAAAAGACAUGUCAAAUUACGUAUCUAUAAACGAAGCUUACACCUCAUGUCUGAGCAAAAUAAAUCCACCGGUCCGUAUAUGCGUGGAAUGUCCGUUGAAUGUGCACGUUGUGCUUGACGCUAUAGCCUAUAAAGAAACUCAAGACUGUGGUGAUAAGAAAGUUCACAAACGACACACAAUGCAUGUUCAGAGCAUAAGUCACUGGGCACCAGCGAACAUUGGUCCUUACUCUCAAGCUGUUCGUGUGGGCGAUAUUAUUUCAGUCGCUGGACAAAUACCUUUAGUGCCUGGUAGUAUGACUAUUCUGGACUUGAACAUUAAAAAACAAUGUCGCUUGACAUUGAGGCAUAUAGAUCGUAUCGUUAAAGCUAUGGACUCAAAUACGCAACUCAGGGACAUUGUACAAGGUAUCUGUUUUUUGACUCACUCUAGUUACAUACCAGACGCACGAAAGGAAUGGGAAAAACGAACAAAUAACGCUAUUGUGGACUACAUUGUUGUACCGAACCUCCCACGUGGUGCUCAGGUCGAGUGGUGCGUUUGGGCUCAUAGGGAUAAUAAUAGGUUUGAAUAUGAAGAGACUGGAAAAUGCGUAGGUAAUUUCAAAGUAGCAAUAAGGCGUAGGUGGAACUACGAGAACAAUGUUUCAGCGAUUGUAUGUUACAUGUCUAUUGGUUCGUCUAAUUCGACUGGUAAUUUAGCCACGGAAACAAAUUUGCCCUCUACAGAACUGACUGUGAGCGAACUGACAGAGGCAUUCGAGUACGUACUGUGCAAACUCACAAAGGGAUCGCAAACCGAGAAUCCGACCUGUAACCUACGGAUCUUCUACAAGGUCGGUAGUUCGCCGGGGCCGAAUUUCGUCCAGGACAUGCUUUCGAAAUUUUCUAUGCGAAAUCUAGUUACCACUAUCGUACCGGCGACGCACUUACAUAAUUUCAGUACCUUUUUAUCCAUAUGUGGCAUCAGACACGAGUAAAGCCUAACAUCGAUGUUUACGUUGUCAAUUAUUUAUAAAAAAAAAAAACAAAAAAUUUACUGCGUCACUAAAGGAUUAUAAAGGGAUUUUAUUUGCCGUUUAAAUUAUUUCAAUCAAUGGGUUACAAGCCAUAUGACAAAUCGAUUUUAAUACAUAUACAAAAAUCAUUUAACGGCUAUAUUGAAAGUUGACCACGGUUGUAAAACUUUAUAUAUGUAUAUUCUAAAUGAUAAUUAUUUAGUAGUAUCGGUGCUCGAAUGUAAACGUUAUUUUCACCUUUUCUACUGGUCGCGCUUAUUGGGUUUGCUCAGAAAUUCACUUGACACUUUGUCCAUAGUGUAUUUAUAUUCGGCUAGUCAACGGGACGUCGACGUGGAUUUUGAAUCGUUUUUUGUCCCGUUAGUGUAAGUGUUCUACGUAAUGUAAAGCACGUUAUGUCGUUUCAUAACAUGUACUGUAUGCUACGCCUCGUUUUUUGCUCAAGCUAUUUUUUAUUUUUCACAUAUUUCACGAUACGUGCGGAGUGUUAAAUGUGUGAUUUUAUGAAAGAAUUUGAACGCGUGCACAGCCAUUUUUAUAGUAGCGCUCAAAGGUAAACUGGAUUUAAAGAGGGAAAUGAAGGUGUUACCACGUAUCAAACGUAUUAGGGGCAAAGCUGUGAAUUUUAUCAGCGACGUGAGAAGAGUAUUCAAUUUAUGUUCAUUUUAAUCUUUGAAAAAGAUUAAACGAUAAGCGGAAAUUUGAGACGCGCACUCCUCAGCAAAUUGUCCUCUUUCACUUUUUAAAUGCUGCCGAUAUUAUUCCGUUGUCAUUCAAACUUUUUGUAUCGUAAUGGCAGAAUAUGUAGCUUUACAAAAAUAUCUAUUUGGCAAAAAGUAUUGUGCAAGUCCUCGGUAGUUAUAUUGCAUAUAACUGAUCUAUGCUUUAGGGAUGUAUCUUGUACAAAAAAGACAAAACAAAAAAAAACGAUACGUAUUGUAUUAGAAUAUUUUUGACAGUAUAACAUUCAUGCAACGAUAUACCAAAGUUCGUAUUUUGCAACUUGGUCAUUAUUCAAACCAUUUCAAUACUGUCAUCCUCUUUUUUCUGUACAUAUAUUGCUAAAUAAUGUAAAACAUUCUUGCAAUGUAUUAUAAAGUGUAAUUAGUUUGAAACAAGACAAUUGGUUAUCGGUUAUGUGUGAAUAUUAAGGAAGAUAUGAAUUUCUAACGACACGAGGAAUAACGGAGCAUACUGUUUACGACGUGGAUAUUGCGUUACUAUAAAUAUGUAAAAAAAAAAAAAAAUGAUAUUUGCAAGCAUCCAACUCUCGCAACAAAAUACUAUU